AUGGACGCCCUGUGCGGCUCGGGGGAGCUCGGCUCCAGGUUCUGGGUAAGGCGCGACCCCCGGGCCCGGGCUGAGGGCGGCACGAAAGAGGAGGAGGAGGACGAGAAUGAGGAGGACAAGGAUGAGGAGGACGAGAAGGAGGAGGAGAAAACCUUCUGCCUUAUCGGCCCCAUCCAGUUGGUUAAUCGCAUUAUUGAGGAAGUGGUGGUUGCUGUGCAGCCCGUGGCCUUGUGCGGGUCCGAGAUUAACCGCCGCUUUUGGGACUCUAAUCUGUCCCUGCACGCGGACACCCCGGACCUCACGCCCUGCUUCCAGAACUCGCUGCUGGCCUGGGUGCCCUGCAUUUACCUGUGGACCGCCCUGCCCUGCUACCUGCUCUACCUGCGACACCACCGCCAGGGCUACAUCAGCCUCUCCCUCCUGUCCCGGAUCAAGACGGUCUUGGGCCUCCUGCUGUGGUGUGUGUCCUGGGCUGACCUCUUCUACUCCUUCCAUGGCCUGGUUCACGGCCGGGCUCCGGCCCCCGUCUUCUUCGUCACCCCUUUGGUGGUGGGCAUCACCAUGCUGCUGGCCACCCUGCUGAUCCAGUACGAGCGGCUGCAGGGGGUGCAGUCCUCGGGGGUGCUCAUCAUCUUCUGGUUCCUGUGUGUGCUCUGUGCCAUCGUGCCCUUCCGCUCCAAGAUCCUCUCUGCCCAGGCCGAGGGCCACAUCUCGGAGCCUUUCCGCUUCACCACCUUCUACCUCUACUUCGCCCUGGUGCUCUCGGCCCUGAUCCUGUCGUGCUUCCGGGAAGAGGCACCGUUUUUCUCCCCGAAGAACACAGACCCAAAUCCCUGCCCGGAGAACAGAGCGAGCUUCCUGUCUCGCCUGUCCUUCUGGUGGUUCACAAAGAUGGCCAUCCUUGGCUACCGGCGCCCCCUGGAGGAGCGAGACCUCUGGUCCCUGAACACGGAGGACCGUUCCCAGGACGUGGUCCCCAGGCUGCUGGAGGCCUGGGAGCAGCAAAGGCGGGCAGUUCGACCCAAGGCUGCGGGGGCCCCUGGAAAGCUGGUUUCCGGGGAGGACGAGGAGCUGCUGGGGCCCCGGGCCAGGCGCCAAGAGCCCUCCUUUCUGCGGGCCCUGGUGGCCACCUUCGGCCCCACACUCCUCCUCAGCAGCGUCUUCAAGCUCUUCCAGGACCUGCUCAACUUCGUCAACCCACAGCUGCUCAGCGUCCUGAUCCGGUUCAUCUCGGACCCCACGGCCCCCGGCUGGUUCGGCUACCUGGUGGCCGGGCUGAUGUUCCUGUGCUCCAUGGCGCAGACUGUGUUCGUGAACCAGCACUUCCACCUGGUCUUCACCCUGGGGAUGAGGCUGCGGACUGGGAUCCAGGGAGUCAUCUACAGGAAGGCCCUGCUCAUCUCUAACUCUGCCCGACGCAACUUCACGGUGGGGGAGAUGGUCAAUCUGAUGUCGGUGGACGCGCAGCGCCUCAUGGACCUCACCCCCAUGCUCAACCUGCUGUGGUCAGCGCCCCUGCAGAUUGUCCUGGCGGUCUACUUCCUCUGGCAGAACCUGGGCCCCUCCGUGCUGGCAGGAUUUGCCUUCAUGCUCUUGCUGAUCCCCUUCAACGGAGCAGUGACCAUGAAGAUGCGAGCCUUGCAGGUGGAGCAGAUGAAGUUCAAGGACUCGCGCAUCAAGCUGAUGGGCGAGAUCCUGGCGGGCAUCAAGGUCCUGAAGUUCUACGCCUGGGAGGCCAGCUUCUUGGAGCAGGUGGAGCAGCUCCGCCAGGAGGAGCUCCGGCUGCUGCGUCAGUACUCCUACCUGCAAGCCACGACCGCCCUCACCUGGCUCUUCGCCCCCUUCCUGGUGACGUUCAUUAGCCUCGGCACGUACGUGCUGGUGGACCAGAGCCACGUGCUGGAUGCUGAGAAGGUCUUCGUGUCCGUGUCCCUGUUCUACCUCCUCAAGAUCCCCCUCAACAUGCUGCCCCAGAUGGUCAGCUUCCUGGUCCAGAGCACCGUGUCUCUGAGACGCAUCCAGAGUUUCCUAAACCAGGACGAACUGGACUUCCAGUGUGUGGAGAGGAAGCGCAUCUCCCCAGGUUUCGCCAUCACCGUAGACCGCGGCACCUUCACCUGGGCCCAGGACCUGCCCCCCACUCUGCACAGCCUGGACAUCCAGGUGCCCAAAGGAGCACUGGUGGCCGUGGUGGGGCCUGUGGGCUGUGGGAAGUCCUCCCUGGUGAGCGCCUUGCUGGGAGAGAUGGAGAGGCUGGAAGGCCAGGUGUCCGUCAAGGGCUCCGUGGCCUACGUGCCCCAGCAGGCCUGGAUCCAGAACGGCACCCUGCGGGAGAACGUGCUCUUCGGCCGCGCCCUGGACUCCGAGCGCUACCAGAGGGCCCUGGAGGCCUCUGCCCUGCUUCCCGACCUGGCCCUGCUGUCCGGUGGGGACCAGACUGAGAUUGGAGAGAAGGGCAUCAACCUGUCGGGGGGCCAGAAGCAGCGGAUCAGCCUGGCGCGAGCUGUCUACAGCGACGCUGACGUCUUCCUGCUGGACGACCCGCUGUCGGCCGUGGAUGCCCAUGUGGCCAAGCAUAUCUUCGACCGAGUCAUUGGGCCUGAAGGGCUGCUGGCCAGCAAGACCCGGGUUCUGGUGACACACAACCUCAGCUUCCUGCCCCAGACGGACUUGGUCAUCAUGCUAGCCCACGGGCAGGUCAUGGAGGUGGGCUCCUACUCCACCCUGCUGCUGGGCCACGGCUCCUUCGCCAGCUUCCUGCGCAGCUCCAUGCCCGAAGAGGAGCAGCAGACGGACAGCAGGACCGCCUUAGAGGAUGCAGAGGACAAGGAGGUGCCACUGAAUGAAGAUGCACUCAGCAAUCACACAGACCCAACUGGUACCGAGCACACGAGGUGCAAGGCUCAGAAGCCACUUGGGAGGCAGCAGAGUGCCCCGUCCUCAGACGGGCAGGCCCCGGGUCAGCCUCUGACCCAGAGAUGCCCGAGUCCCCCGGAGAAGGUAGCACAGACCACAGAGGCGAAGGCGAGUGGGAUGCUGACCCAGGAGGAGAAGACGGAGACAGGCGCGGUGAAGCUGAGUGUGUUUGUGGACUACGCCAAGGCCAUGGGGCCCUGGACCACACUGGCCGCCUUUGUGUUCCUUGCCACUCAAAGCGUGUUGAGCAUCGGGGCCAACGUGUGGCUCAGUGACUGGACCAACGAAGCUGCGCAAGGCGGUCAGCAGAACAGCACCUCUACGAGGCUGGGCAUCUACGCCACACUGGGCUUCCUAGAGGGGAUCUUUGUGUUGCUGGGGUCCUUCACGAUGGCGACGGGCACCAUCGAGGCGGCACGCUCGCUCCACCAGGCGCUGCUGCACAACAUGAUGCACUUGCCGCAGUCCUUCUUUGACACCACACCCUCCGGCCGAAUCCUCAACCGCUUUGCCAAGGACAUCCAAGUCAUCGACGAGGUCCUGGGGCUCACCCUCCUCACGCUGCUCUGUACCACCUUCAACUCACUCUUCACCCUUGUGCUCAUCACGGCCAGCACGCCGCUCUUCAUUGUGGUCAUCCUGCCCCUGGCUGGGUUCUACACCUUCGUGCAGCGCUUCUAUAUGGCCACAUCCCGGCAGCUGAAGCGGCUGGAGUCCGUCAGCCGCUCGCCCAUCUUCUCCCACUUCUCGGAGACACUGACAGGCACCAGCGUCAUCCGGGCCUUUGGCCGCAGCCAGGACUUUGUGGCCAUGAAUGACUUGAAGGUGGACACCAACCAGAGGAGCUGUUACCCCAACUUUGUCUCCAACCGGUGGCUGUCGGCCCGGCUGGAGUUCGUGGGAACCUGCGUCGUGUUCUUUACCGCUCUCUUCGCUGUGAUUGGGAAAAGCACCCUGAGUCCGGGGGUGGUGGGCCUCUCUGUGGCCUACGCCCUGCAGGUGACAUUUUAUCUGAACAUGAUGCUCCGAAUGGUGUCCGACCUGGACUCUAACAUCGUGUCUGUGGAGAGAGUGAAGGAGUACUCUAAGACCGAGCAGGAGGCCCCCUGGGUGGUGGAGGGCAGCCGGCCCCCCUCGGGCUGGCCCCCGAGUGGCGAGGUGGAGUUCCGGAAUUACUCGGUGCGCUACCGGCCCGGCCUGGACUUGGUGCUGAAGGACUUGAGCCUGCGCGUGGGCGGCGGCGAGAAGGUGGGGAUCGUGGGCCGCACGGGGGCCGGCAAGUCGUCCAUGACCCUGUGCCUGUUCCGCAUCCUGGAGGCCACCCAGGGCGAGAUCCGCAUCGACGGCCUCAACGUGGCCGACCUGGGGCUCCACGACCUGCGGUCCCGGCUGACCGUCAUCCCCCAGGAGCCCUUCCUGUUCUCGGGGACCUUGCGGAUGAACUUGGACCCCUUCAGCGCCUACUCCGAAGAGACCCUCUGGCGUGUCCUGGAGCUGUGCCACCUGCGCGACUUCGUGGCUUCCCAGCCGGCCGGCCUGGAAUUCCAGUGCCAGGAGGGUGGGGAGAACCUCAGCGUGGGUCAGCAGCAGCUGGUGUGCCUGGCCCGGGCCCUGCUCCGUAAGAGCUGCAUCCUGGUCUUAGACGAGGCCACGGCUGCCGUGGACCUGGAGACGGACAAGCUCAUCCAGGCUGUCAUCCGCAGCCAGUUUGAGCACUGCACGGUGCUGACCAUCGCCCACCGCCUCCACACCAUCAUGGACUAUGACAGGGUCCUGGUUCUGGACAAAGGGACGGUAGCGGAGUUUGAUUCUCCAUGCCACCUGAUCGCUGCCAGAGGCAUCUUCUACAGCAUGGCCCGGGAUGCUGGUCUGGCCUGAUCCACCGUCUUGGGACUUCCCCCUGACCCUCCUCAGUUUCCCUCCGAAAGGGAAUAGAUGCCAUCGGUGACCUGUCCCAGACCCGAGGUGCAGGUGUCUUGUUCGGAUCCGCCUGUGGACAGCGCCUCACUGGUGAAGGGUGCUCCGUGCUUCGAUUGGGGAAGUGACGUCCAGCGCUGACCGUUGUGCCCAAGGUUAAAGCUAGUUCGAGGCGGAGCCAGACUCGCCCUCAGGCUCCAGGUUCCCGACCUGUGAUCCUUCCUACACAGUCCCAUUUCAGUUGUUGCAUAGAAUGACACCCUGCCCCUGUGAUUGUUCAUAUUUUCUACUCCGAAGGCUUUUUUUUUUUUCAGUAACACAUUUUCCUUUCGGAACAUAGGACUAAGAGCCAUUCCUGGGAACUGAGUCCUGGACUCUGGGGUGCUGGCCUGAAU